CACAGCAGACAGUUCAUAAAAGGAAACUGUUCGCCAACUGCAGAGACACGAAUUGUUACACCAUUCUUUAUUCUGUUAUUUCAGUAUUUAGAACAGGAACGUGUUUUUUUCCUGAAAUUACCGUACCAAGACCUAAAUAUGUUUACAGUCUUAUGACUUGCGUUGAUAGAUCUAGUUAGGCUAGUGCUCUUAGUAGAAUUGCAUUAAAGACUGCAAGAUGCCCUGUUUCCCUGCGCAAUUGCAAGCGCCUGUGAAGAGCUUUCUCAGACCUGGAACAUGGAUGCCAGGGUCAAAAACACUUCAUACAUACACUGAAAGUUGGAAAGUUGAAGGAGAUCCAGAACAAUGUAUUGAAGAAAUGAUGAAUGUAGUUGGAAAACUAAACGAAACAGAACAUCCCUCUGAAUACUUUGUAAAUAAGGUCAGACACCAGGAUUACUGGAUGCAAAUAUUUGCUUACACACCAGCUGGUUGGUUGGAUGUUGUGGAAAUAUCUUUUUUACCUUUUGAUAGUCAAACAUCUCUUGCAAAGAUAUCAUCAUUUUCUACUGGAAUGCUUCCAGCUUGGGUUCCAUUUGGUUUCAUCUGUGAUGUUAUUUUAUGUUGGUGUCCGUUCUCAGAUAAUGGUAUGAAUGAAUAUCGAUGUCAGCUUCUAAGAGACACACUGCCACUCCAUGUAUCAGUUCUCCAUGAAACUGAAGACAAACAACUUCUUCCAAAUCAUAGGAAAACUGAUCCGAAGAAAUACGAGUCAACAUCUGCUGAAACACAGAAAAACAAAUGAUGUGUCUGAUUUGUAAUUAUUUCUCUACCAGCGUACUGCGUCAAAUCAUGAUGGAUAUGUAUGGAUUAUUCUUUGUUAAUGAAUAGCCCGUUUCUCAGGCAUCACAGAUUUUGUUCCAAGUUCAUUAUUCUGUUAUCUUAUGCAGUGGUGGUUUAUUUUACUUGAACAAUGCCUGAUCAAAGAGUUAUAUUUAUCACUUCGCAUACAAGCUUGUGCUCAAUGAGAGCAAAUUAUUAUCCCUAUUGUAAAGAGUUUAUAAAAGUUUUUUGUAUAUUGUUUAUAUAACACAAGUUAUAUUUGCUACUAAUUUGCACUGUGUCAGCAUCAUUAACGAAAUUACUUUUGAUUAUAUCAACAAUAGCAUUUGUCUAUUUUUAUCAUCUUUUCAGUGUCUUUUUAUUGAAGCUAAAUUUAAUGUAUCUAUAGUUUCCAAGACCUAGUGGUUAUUUAUUCCUGGCAUCGAAUGUUUUCGAGGACUACCAAUUAUAUGCUAACUUCCUCAUGGAUGAUAUAUUAGAGUUGGUUCAUUUGUAUUGUACCUGUUGUCUAAGUUUACUUUGUUGAUUUGGUAAUAGCUCUUAGCAGCAGUGGUUUUUGUCUUUGUGUGGAUCCAAUACCCCUACUUUGUGCUGUUCCAAGCAAUAUGGUGGGAAGCUUCAACCACAGGCCAUUUCAUAAAACAUCGAAAUUUCCCACUUCGGGCCUCAUGCCUAUUGUUUCUGGUCAUGUACUUUCUUUGUGAAUGCAAUUCUCGUCUUAUUUGCAUUUCAGAUGUUUCUAUUACCGUACAUUUUAUAUUAGAAUAAAUUUCUAUGGAAAAAUACUUGCUUAAAUAAAUUGCUUUUCUAUGAUAAAAA